GAAAAACGAUCGGCUAUCAGAAAAACAUUCUCCUACUUGAGAGACCCGGGAAGAAUUGACGGCCUAAAGAAAGAUUUUGACAAAGCAUUGGCAUCGUUUCAGCACGAACUUAAUGACUGGCUCCAAAUUAGCGGCCAUAGAACGCCGUCUACACGAUGACAAGAUUCUCGAUAAUCUCCGAUACUUUCAUCUUGCCCAUGAUGAUUCCACUCAGGUGUGCCUGAAAGACACUAGAGUUGAUCUCGUUGAGCGUAUCAUGGGAUGGUGCCGCAACACUGGGGAUAGUGAGAACCGGCUAAUGCUGUUGACUGCCGUGGCCGGCGCUGGCAAGACUUCGAUUGCACUCACGAUAGCAGAACGAUGUGCCAGCGAAGGGGAUGCUACCCUGUUAUUGCACUUCUUCUUCAAAGCAGGUGAACGGUCGCGGCCUGAUCUUCUAUUCAGUGGCAUGGCUCGAGCUUUGGCAGACCAUGACCCCAUUUACCGCACUUUCAUUACCUCUGCUCUUCGAAGCGACCCUAGUCUCUCAACAGCUUCAUUCACGAUGCAGUUCAAGAAAUUGGUGGCUCCAUCUCUACUCCAUAAACCUCCGCCUUCCGACUGUCCCAUGGUGAUCAUCAUCGACGCUUUAGAUGAAUGCGAUGAAGAAGCAUAUCAACCCCUUGCUAAGAUUCUUUGCGAGGAAGUACCCAAGCUAUCAUCUUCCAUAAAGUUUUUCGUUACUUCGAGACAUGUUGAUCUUGUUAAUCGCUCCCUCUCACGCCAUUUUCCUAUCGAUCACCUCACCAUUGAUCUCCUGGACGACACAAAUAUGCAUGACUGUGCUGCAUACAUCCGCUCCCAGCUGCAAGAGCUGAAGAAUUGGCAUCCCGAUUUAGCGCAUAAACUCCAGGAUGAGGAUAGUGUGGUGCAGGAGAUCCUGGAACGAGCGGGUGGUUUGUUUAUUUGGAUCAGCACCGUCUUUCGCUACAUGAAGAAGCCUAGGAAGAAUCCUAUGAUAACACUAGAGAGCCUGCUCGACACCGGGACCAAACGAUCAAAGGUGCCCACUGAGAAGAUGAUGGAUGACCUGUAUACGAGGAUUUUGAAGAAGUUUGAUUGGGAGGAUGAAGAUUUCGCGCAUGACUACCCGAUUGUGAUGGGAGCGAUCUUUGUUGCUCAGCAGCCUCUGUCUGUCGCAGCCUGGGAUGCAAUUUUGUCACCUUUUCUCAAUUCUUCUGUUCAAUAUGCGUUGGCUGAGCUUGCUCCUCUGCUCUCAGGAGUUGAGGAUUCCCACAUUCCUAUUCGCAUCUUACACCUAUCUUUCCGCGAUUUUAUUGUCGAUCGGAUCGAUCCCCAAACAAUCAGCUCUCGUUGCGCUCCCAUAGCUGUGGGGGUGGAUAAUGCCAGGGUUGCCCUGCGAUGCACCGAGAUUUUGAAUGAGGGUCUCUGCUCUGUAGAGGGCUUGGGCCUGAUUGGGAAGUUGUUCGAAAAAGAUGAAAUGCCGCAUAUUCCUCCAAAGGAGCUAUCUGAGCACUUUCGUUACGCAUGUCACCACAUUGUCCAUCACCUCAGUGGAGUCAAGGAACCAUCCGAGGAGCUUGCUGGGCCAGUUAGUAUGUUUCUGAGUCAGCAAGCAACUCGGUGGGUGGAAGUCUGUGUGAGAAUGGAAAGCUACAUCAGGAUCUUAUUACUCCCUGAGUGGGCCAAGUUGGCUGUUGUCCACAAGUCGGAAGAUGCUUUCAGCACACUGGCUAAUGUGCUUACCCAGCUUUGCUUCAAUUUGGGAUUUUUCUCACGAUUCCAGGAGGCAUAUGAGGCAGCAGAUGAUUCUGUUGUACUCUGCCGUUACCUUUUUUCUGUGGACUCGAGUUCCUACACCCCGCACUUGGCCGAGUCACUCAACAGUCUAUGGCAUGCCCUUUCCAAACUCGGACGGCACUCGGAGGCGCUCCCAAUCAUCGAAGAAGGUGUCAGACUCCACCGCCAGCUAGUUGCUCUUAACCCAGGAUCAUACACCCCAGAUUUGGCAACGUCACUCAACAAUCUAUGUAAUGCCCUUUCCAAACUUGGACGACACUCAGAGGCGCUCCCAUUCAUCGAAGAAAGCGUCAAACUCUACCGCCAGUUAGUUGCCGUUAACUCAGGAUCAUACACCCCGGAUUUGGCCUCGUCACUCAACAAUCUACAUAAUGCUCUUUCGUAUCUCAGACGGUACUCGGAGGCGCUCCCAUUCAUCGAAGAAAGUGUUGAACUCUACCACCAGCUGGUUGCUGUUGACCCAGGAUCAUACACCCCGGAUUUGGCCACGUCACUCAACAAUCUAUAUAUUGCUCUUUCGGAUCUCGGACAACACUCGGAGGCACUCCCAUUCAUCGAAGAAAGCAACAAACUCCGGCGCCGGUUAGUUGCCGUUAACCCAGGAUCAUACACCCCAAAAUUGGCCAUGUCGCUCAACAAUCUAUGUAACGCUCUUUCAGAUCUCGGACGACACUCGGAGGCGCUCCCAUUCAUCGAAGAAAGCGUCAUCCUCUACCGCCAGCUAGUUGCCGUUAACCCAGGAUCAUACACCCCAAAAUUGGCCAUAUCACUCAACAAUCUAUAUACUGCUCUUUCGGAUCUUGGACGACACUCGGAGGCGCUCCCAUUCAUUGAAGAAAGCGUCAUCCUCUACCGCCAGCUAGUUGCCGUUAACCCAGGAUCAUACACCCCAAAAUUGGCCAUAUCACUCAACAAUCUAUAUACUGCUCUUUCGGAUCUCGGACAACACUCGGAGGCGCUCCCAUUCAUCGAAGAAAGUGUUAAACUCUACCACCAGCUAGUCACUUUUAACCCAGGAGCAUACACCCGAGAAUUGGCCAGAUCAGUCGAGAACCUACGGGAAGCUCUUACCAAUCUCGGACGUCAUUCCGAGGCACGAAUGGUCCACAUUUGAGCAUGUUCUCCUCGUCACUGCAUCCUUCACAUUGCUGCCUGCACAUGGUGGGCAUGGAUAUAUAUUCGGCUCGGGAACACCAACAAAUUCAACCUCCAUUUUUUUGAU